AUGGAUAACAGCAAGAACGAAAAACCUACCCGGGGUGGCCUCUCCGCUUCUCAGCAUCACACGGGAAAUAUGGUCCUCUCCAGGCCAGAGAAGGCAAGUCGCAUCAAGGCGAAUGCCAUUCUUCUUGACCAUACUUCUCCAAGUGAUGGGAAAAAGAGCCGACAAGGUAGUAUCAUGACAUUUACAAUCUGUCUGAAGUAA